GAACUAGUAGAAGAAAUCGCAAUAAUUAUUUGGAAGAAGCAAAAGGGUAAAUCACUCAUCGUCACUCUAGUUCAUUUAAAAGAAUGGCGGUUACAAAGCAUAGUGGAAAUUAGCACCGAUCCAGGAUAUAGGAGUCGUAGUGUGAGAAUAUGCGUACAGGCCCUGACAAGUAUAUUGGAGGUAAUGGAUGAAAUGGAUGUUGCAAAGUUGAACAAGGCUGGAGGUGGGAGUGGAUAUGAUGGAGAUGAUGAAAGAAGGGAGGGUAGUGAUGAAGACA